GGCACAAAACUCCGUCUUCCCUCUCUCUCCGCUCUCCUUCUUCAUAACCUUAACGAUCCUUCUGUUCUCUCCAUUAUUUUUCAUCAGAGAAAAGGAGAUAUGCCGUUAUCUUCCUCAUCAUCUUGUCUACUCGAAUCUUCCUCUUCCAGGAAUUUCGGCUACUGCAGGAAGCAGAAAUCUCUCGGCCUCUUGUGCUCCAAAUUUUUGGUCUUGUACAAUCGACAGGGAAUUGAGUCUAUCACUCUCGAUGAUGCUGCUACGAAAUUAGGUGUGGAGAGACGCAGGAUCUAUGAUAUCGUCAAUGUCUUGGAAAGCGUUGGGGUUCUCGCAAGAAAGGAAAAGAACCAGUAUUUAUGGAAAGGGCUUGGGGCAAUUGCUGAGGAACUACAGAAGCUCAAGGAAGAGGGCUUUAGGGAGAAUUUCAACGCCUCGGACGGGAACAGCAAUUGUUCCAAAGUAACAGAUUAUGUUGACGAGGAUGAUGAUGAGGACAGCCUUUUGAAUUCGAACAGAGGGAGCCAGAAUGAGAGUUCUAUUCUAAGUGGAAUGCCCAAAUCCUCUGCAUCAUCAAGAACUGAUAACCGAAGAGAAAAAUCUUUGGGACUUUUAACACAGAAUUUUGUCAAGCUUUUUGUGUGCACCAAAGUGGAUUUGAUUUCUCUUGAUGAUGCUGCAAAAUCAUUGCUUGGGGAUGGGCAUGCUUCAUCACUAAUGAGAACAAAAGUAAGACGGCUAUAUGACAUUGCAAAUGUGUUGUCUUCUGUAAAUCUCAUUGAGAAGACGCACACUAUUGAUACCAGGAAGCCUGCAUUCAGGUGGUUGGGGUCAAGGGGAAAUACAGGGAAUAAGACUGGUGAUGCUUCAGUUGUUAAUGAAAGCAAGAGGACAUUUGGAACUGAUGUUACAAACAAUAGUUUGAAGAGAAACAGAGUUGAAUCUUCUAUUGAGGAUAUAAACCAGGACACAGAGAAACACAAGCAGCUGAAAGUUGAAGAUUCAGUGCACCAGGAGCAGUCAAAACAUGGAUCAAAGAGCUACCAGUUUGGCCCUUUUGCUCCGGUGAGUGUGCCUAAGGUUGGUGCCCCUGAGAAUAAUGUGAUAAAGGGUCAUGACUGGAAGAGUCUUUCCUCUACUUACCGACCUCAGUAUCACAAUCAAGCUUUAAGAGACCUUUUUGCUCACUACAUGGAAGCAUGGAAGUCGUGGUACACAGAAAUCGCUGCGAAAAAGCCAUUGCAAGAAAUUUUUUAGAACGGCACAAUGUCUUUUCUAAUUCAAUGUAGUACAGCACCAGAGCUCCAUUUUUUUUUAUUUGAAACAAUGCAGUGAUGACCUCGUUGGUUGCAUUUUCUCUAUGCAUCAAAUCUGAGAUGGUCAUCCUGGGACUCCACUUACUGUUAACAGUUAUACAAGGUAACAAAA